AUGAUUGAUAAAAGCAUAAUAAUGAGUACUGGAGUAUAUAAUUAUCCUGAUGGCAGCAUCUAUACUGGAGAAUGGAAUCCACAAAAUAAAAGACAUGGAUAUGGUCAUAUGAAAUUUACAGAUGGGUCACAGUAUUGGGGUAACUUUGAAAAUGGUUUAUGUUCUGGGUGUGGAAUAAUGAAGUUUAAGGAUGGAUCAAGCUAUGCAGGAGAGCUGAAAGCAGGAAAAUUUGAUGGAUUUGGAAUCUUUACCAGGUGUGAUAAUAUGAAAUUUGAGGGGGAGUUUAAAGAAGGAAAAAUUUGGGGCUUAGGUUUAGUAUCAUUUUCUAACAAUACCCAUGGUCUACCCAGAAAUGAAGGAUAUUUUGAAGAGAACAAGAUUAUAAGAAGGGAGAAAUGUUCGGGAAUUAUAGAAAAGUCAAGGAUGGCAGCAUCUAAAGCUAGAUCUAUUGCAGGAUAA